AUGACCAAUGACAUUGUUGAUCCUCCUUUUAAUGUAAAAGUAGUCACAGUACCUCCAGUGAAGGAGAAUGAGUCUGUAACACUGACCUGCUCCAGCGACAGCAACCCUGCUGCAAACAGCUAUGAGUGGUUCAGCUUAAACAACACAUUGGUAGCAAAGGGAUCCUCUUAUCAACUGGUGAAAGUCUCUCGGCAUACUAAAGCCAUUUCCUGUACAGCCAUCAACACAGAGGGAAGAAACAGCUCUGAUCCACAUCAAAUUAAUGUUCUGUAUCCUCCAUAUAAUGUAAAAGUAGUCACAGGACCUCCAGUGAAGGAGAAUGAGUCUGUAACACUGACCUGCUCCAGCGACGGCAACCCUGCUGCAAACAGCUAUGAGUGGUUCAGCUUAAACAAGUCAUUGUUAGCAAAGGGAUCCUCUUAUCAACUGGCAAAAGUCUCUCGGCACACUGAAGCCAUUUCCUGUACAGCCAUCAACACAGAGGGAAGAAACAGCUCUGAUCCACAGAAACUCAAUAUAUUAUAUCCUCCUGAUAUUAAAAAUGAAUCAUCUUGCCAGUCUGUGAGCUCUACAGUCUGUGUCUGUAUUGUGGACUCCAACCCUCCCAGUGAAGUCAAGUGGUUGAUUCUAGAUUCCUCGAAAACCUUCCUCAGCUCCAGAACUGAAAUAAAAGAGUCUCUCAGCAUCUUCACUCUAGAAACUUGGUUGGGUUUCCCUGAUACUGUCCAGUGUGUCGCCACUAACAGCGUGGGAAGCUCUUCUAUAACUCUGAAAGCUCCUCUAAAUGGCAUGGUACUAUAUAUUGCUGUUGCAUCAGCUGUUGUAGUUCUUCUUGUUGUAGUUGGCAUUAUAGUGUAUGCUGUGAGAAGACACCGCAGGAAGAAAGCUGUACAACAACCUAUAUUGCAUUUGAAGGAUACAGCAAGUGAAAUGAAAACCACAAACAAGUUUGAUUUAGAAACCUAUAAAAAUGAAGAAGAGAAAUGUUGUGAUGAAGAUGUUUAUACAAACAGCCCAGGCGGUCAUGUUUACGGUAACUGGGGGUGUGAAGACAACCCACCAUCAUCUGAAAACACCUUGGAAGAUGAAUCAGUUUAUGCCAACACGUGA